AUGCAAAUAGUGGUGACGUGGUUGACGGUAACAGCUUUUGCGGCCUCUGGGGUACUCGCAAACAGCUCCAAAUUUCGUUAUGGCUAUAGUGAUUGUAUCGACAAUAAGCGUACACUUUUCUACUAUUUGGAAAGCGAGGGCACGUGUUUCGCCAACACCACAGGCCAAGUGCUUGCAAAACCUCCUGUUCAUAAUCUACGCUGCGAUGUCGAAUGUGGUCGUGGUUAUUAUCUUGGAGUAAAGUACGUGAUUAUAUCUUUUCUGAUACUGUGCCUGUAUCAGGAUGUCAAAAGGUGUCCAAAGGGUAAAUACUCGCUCGGUGGAGGUCAGUUGUUCUCACAACGUACGAAUGCAUGGAGCACUCCGCUGCCUGUCGUAUUUCAGACAGAUUGUAUGACUCAAAGCAUAUUCUCGGGUCACUGGGCUCACAAUUGCAUGCCGUGGGAGUCUUCGGCUGAUGGGUCCUACAUCUCAUCGGGUGAAAAUUCUGAUGUACUUUACAAUUUUGAGGCCGCGAGACUUUACUCGACGUUGCGAAUUAGUGCAACUUUUGUGCGGGACGGUUGGGUCACAUACAAGUAUCUAGUGGAUGCGGAACAGCCGUUUGAUGGUUUGAUGUUCCAGAUAGACGAUGAUGAAAGCUCUGCUUUGGUUUCGCGGUCGGAUGGCUGGCAGGAAACCAUUGUGCAGGUGUCUGCUGGUGCGCAUACGCUAGCAUGGAACUAUAUAAAGGACUAUGCUGGAGAUGCAGGGGCGGAUAAGGCAUUUAUUAAGGUGAUUGAAAUGGUGGGCACGGCCUGGUCUGAUUUGCACUGUCAUACAUGCGGAGGAGAUAUGACCAACAGUGGUGGUUCCCUGUGUGCUUUCUGUGGUCCCAAUGAGUAUGCAGAUGCCAAGUCCAACAGUGAGUUGGAUUUUACGUGUUACCCAUGCCCACCGAAUACGUACGCACCGAAGGGAUCUAUCGGCGUUUCGUCUUGCAUUGAACAUCAUGCGUGCUCGAUGGACGACGUAGAUGAGACGUAUACUGCUUGCAAAGAUGGUGUGCGCGAUGUCACGUAUUCAUGGAGCCAGCCGCAGACGUGUGAUAUGACGUUAAAGAAGAGCAUUAAACUUCCUGAAUCGCAGAAGGGCAUUCCGUGUGCUAACUGCGCAUGGGGUUACGACGUUGGGGAAGGAGAUGAGUGCGUUGAGGUGUGUGAUGCUGGUCAAGUAUUAGCCGCUUCCGGUAAAUGUGAAGAGUGCCCAGCUGGUACAGUUGUUGUCAAUGGACUCAAGUACGGUGUGGGAACACCGGACGGCUGGAGCUUCUGGCCACAGAUCUUUGACGCCGACGAAGCUCAGCAUGCAGGGUGGAAGCUCACGAAGAGCGGUGCGCGGUUUGUAUAUCACAUGAGAGACGAUCGGGAUACCAGUAAUUGGUCUCGGCCCAGUCGUUCGGCCUUGUCGUUCGGCUUACCUUUCAUCCACUCCGGCUCGUUGAACCUAACGUACACAUUAAGCGGCGUUCCUACAUUUGCGAACAAUGGUGCACUUGCUUGGGUUGAGUUGGAAGUGCGCGAUGCCGCUGACAGUGACAAAAGAGCGCAAAAGAAGAUGGAUAUCCCAAGUGCACCGAAUAGCAAUGACGGCUCUACCAGUAGCGGUGGUAGCGACAAGACGAACUCAGACCCCAGCAUUUUCCACUUGCUUCAUGGUGGAGAAAAUGGCACGUUCAGCGAGGUUGUGCACUUUAAUAUUACCUUUGCAUGCGUAAAGGAGUUUAAAUUUGUGGUGCGAGCAACUAGUGCCCAGGCAAGGCGCGCAAUUGAAGCAAAAGUAGUGUCCCUAGACUUUACGGGCACCCGAGAAGGUCCCGGUGUGAGCUGUGAUAGAUGCCCAUCCGGUUACGAACCGUCAAAUUCGAACGACGGCGAAGAGCAAGCGUAUAGCCAACACAUAUUCAAGGGGGGGGCAGCAAAGUGCAUUCCGUGUGGUGCGAAUACAUACAGUAGUUCUGGCGCAGUGGCCUGCGCUGCUCCUCAGGUGGUGACGCUGAAUGCUAGCUCGUCGUUGGUGGAGGAGUCGUCGUCAUCUUUAUUAUCAUCGUCCGCCGCCGUGUCAUCAGUGCUCGAUGGUUUGCAGGUGACUUACAACCUGUCGCUACUGGAAACGCUUGUGUGGGGCAAUGCGAGCAGGAUCCUUGAAUCCAAGGUUUACGGAAACUCGACAAGUCUGCAGCCUACGACGCCUGUCGAGUUUACGAUGGAGCUUGUAGCGGACGAUCAAAACUAUUUGUUCACUGGACUUUUUCGCCCUCUCGGGAGUGGCUGGUUACAACAAGUGCCAGGUCUGGUUGUGGACCAAGAUGUGGACACGAACAGCGAAGUCGCAUACGUUGUUCUUGCCAAUUUGGUGAACCCACGCGAAGCAGGCAACUACUUUCAUCAGAAAAGUGGCGUUUACGGCGAAGUCAUGUGCUCGGCUCCAGCGCAAUGGAAGCUUUUGAAUGGUGGUAGCCAUUUGGAUAUUUUGCCGUUGGAAUCAGGCGCCGGUGUGAAGGUCUCACUGACGGGUGGGUCACCUUGCGUCGACGGCAAGACGAUGUCCACGACGUUCAAUUUUGAGUGUGAUCUUAGCAGUGGAACGAAAAGUAAACCAGUGUCUGCAUCACAGGACGAUGGCGAGUGUAAUUGGGAUAUUGUCUGGAAGACUGCGUAUGCUUGCCCGAUUUGUGAUCGCGACUACUUCAACGAACUCCGCUCAGCUUGUAAUGGCGGCGAGCAGUUAGUGUCGUAUGCUCGCAAGUUAGCGUGUUACUCCGAAGCGGAGAGCGCUGAUGCGAUCACUACAUGCACGGAGAGUGCCGUCGUGUUGGACACAAAGGCCCUCUACUCAGUCUAUGCGGCCGUUGCUAUUGUGGGUUUUGUUGUAUUGCUACUGCUGAUGGCUAUUCUUGUCGUCCACCGCAAGUAUCGCGACGCCUACAAUAAUUACAUGUACCUGAAGGGGAAAAUGCCGACGGAGAAGACACAGGACGAUGGAUCAAAGGAGACCACGUUUGAGUUUACACCACGGUCCAAUGUCCUGCACAGCUCAAGACCUGCUGUGUCCGAUGAGGGAGAGAAAAGCUCUGCUGUUGUUGAUGCCAAUGAUGUAGAUGGCGAGCUGCACAGCAUUCAGAGCGUCUGA